CUUCGGACUUCUCCCUUUCUGCAACCGUGUUUCUGCUAAAGGCCAGCCCACUAUGCUUCAGCAACGAUCGUCACGAUUGAUAUCUUCCUUCGCUCGUUCAAUUGCUCCUCAGGCUACGCUGUCGUUGCGAUGUCGGAGAGCGUACAGCAUUCACGCUGAUGCUUCCGUGGGAACCAGCAUCCAGGAGAUUGACCCGACGAAGCUCAGCAUAACGAGGACGACCACCCCCAAAGACCUCCUCCCCCCAGAGGAACUGAUCUUUGGGCGCAAUUUCACUGAUCACAUGCUCUCGCUCGAAUGGACAGCAUCACAAGGAUGGCUGCCAGCACGCAUCACGCCGUACCAGAAUCUCAGCCUCGACCCCGCUACCUGCGUCUUCCACUAUGCCUUCGAGGCCUUCGAGGGAAUGAAAGCGUAUAAGGACAAGAAUGGACACAUUAGGUUGUUCAGGCCCGACAAGAACAUGGCGCGGUUGAAUAAGUCUUCGGCGCGCAUUGCGCUGCCCACGUUUGACGGGGAUGCCAUGAUCGACCUCAUUGGCAAGUUCGUCAAGCUGGACGAGCGCUUCAUCCCAGACAUCCGUGGAUACUCGCUAUACCUUCGGCCGACAAUGAUAGGCACUCAGCGAACACUCGGCGUCGGCCCUCCAGCUUCGGCGCUGCUCUACGUAAUCGCCUCGCCUGUAGGUCCGUACUACCCCACCGGAUUCAAAGCUGUGUCGUUGGAGGCUACCGACUACGCCGUCCGCGCAUGGCCGGGCGGUGUGGGAGACAAAAAGCUAGGAGCGAAUUAUGCGCCCUGCAUUGUGCCGCAAAUGCAGGCAGCCAGCCGAGGAUUUCACCAAAACCUGUGGUUGUUCGGCGAGGAAGAGUACGUGACAGAGGCCGGCACCAUGAACCUAUUCGCUGCCAUCAAGAACAAGGAGACUGGGCAGUCAGAACUUUUGACUGCACCGCUCGAUGGGACCAUUCUCGAGGGCGUUACGAGGGACUCGAUUCUAGGACUCGCCCGCGAGCGGCUCGAACCGCAAGGUUGGAAGAUCUCAGAGCGCAAGUUUACCAUGCAGGACGUUGCAGAUGCCGCUGACGAGGGGCGCAUGAUGGAGGUCUUUGGCGCAGGAACAGCUGCUGUCGUGAGUCCGGUGCGAAAGAUCUCCUGGAAGGGACGACUUGUUGAGUGUGGCCUGGCGGACAACGUCGAGGCCGGCCCAAUCGCCCAGCAGAUGAAGGACUGGAUAGAGAGCAUCCAGUACGGUGAUGAGGACCACGUAUGGAGCCACAAAGUGUUGUAAGCGAAUGAGCUCUGCAGGCGAGAGGCGAGGUUUACUUCAUGUACAUAUAUAUACCACAUAGCUGUAUAUCAGCGGGCGUUUCUCGAGUGGAAAAGGCGUAUUCUCUUUUGAUAGACCGCAUCUCGGCCAAUUGAUACUAGCUUGACGGAUAAAUUGGCUCAGGAGCAUUUGGCAGCCGGUGACAGGUGUGGCGUAAAUACGAGGUAGCUCGAUUGG